UAUGGGGAAACCUACCUGAAUAGACUGAGAUAUGCAGUGUUUGGCCUGGGCAACUCUGUGUAUGGCAGCCACUACAAUACGGUAAGAGAUCUGACAAAACAUUUCUCCCAUUGAUAUGUUUCCACUAUGUGUGGUGCUACUUACACUUAUGAAAUGCAAUCAGUUUCUUUGCUUGUCUGAUACUUUUAUGGAUAUUUUUUUGCAUAUUAUACAUUCCUCUUUUUGUACACACUAGAAUACUAAGCUCAUUCAGUUGAUUACCAUUACCACUAUGACUGUUCUCUCCUGUCCAAUAGCUAACCAUCCACUUUCUCUAGGCUCACUGAAAACACAUAAUUCAACCCCUUCUUCCCUCUCCUUUAGGUGAGUAAGCACUUGGACAGCAUUUGAGUGGCAUUUGUGUUCUGUCCAGAGGAGAUGGCAACUGCAACGUAGUGAAGACCCGUAAUGGCAGCAUGCAGGCUGACUUCCUGGUCUGGAAGACCAAGUUCCUGAACUGCCUGCAGGCCCUGGUUGCAGGCUCGCAGUGGAAACUGUAAGACGGGCGGUUCCUGUAAGAGCAGGAACAGACUAAGGAUAACCAGGCAUCUCCAGAACAGAGCUCUGAGGCAACACUGAACUUAACAUUAGUAAUGGGAGGUAUGCAUGUUAUCUCACAGAGCUGAUUUGUGGUUCACGUAGCUCAAUGCAAGUUUAUUCUGUCCACAAUAAGGUAUUUACAUUUUACAUUUAGCAGACGCUCUUAUCCAGAGCGACUUACAUUAGCAAUUAGGGUUAAGUGCCUUGCUCAAGGGCACAUCAACAGAUUUUUCAACUAGUCGGCUCAGGGAUUAGAACCAGCGACCUUUCGGUUACUGGCACAACGCUCUUAACCACUAAGCUACCUGCCGCCCCUGCCGCUACCUGCAUUCAACUGAAAUAUCUUCCGCAUUUAACCCCACCCCUCAAAGAGGUGCGGAGGGGCUGCCUUAAUCGACAUCCAUGUCAUUGGCACCCGAUGCUAAGGCUUGUGCUUCAGUCAGAAACAGAAAUGAUUCUAGCUAGUUCAUUGCUGGAGUGAGUAACUGACGGCAUAAAUAAUGAGGAAGUUAAUUAGCGGGGAUAGCUUUGUCUCGACUCUGGUGUGGCUGGGGUGAUAAUCCACAGAGAGAAACUGGCUACAGGAACAAAACUGCCUGCUUUACCUUUCCUGCCAAAAGCUUAAACUGAUGAGGGAAAACAAUUGCCAGAUGAACACCCCGUCCUAUCAGCACAUCUACAACAAGCAUAAUCUGCAACUCCAAAGACUGAUCAAGGCUGAAACAAAAACCUCUAGAGACCACAAGCCUUAAAAUGGAACUCAGAAAUAGUGUAGAAAAAAGGAAAUCCAGUUAAAAAAUAUUUGAUUCAAAAUAAAUCGCCCUGCACGGCAGGUACAGUGCCUUCAGAAAGUAUCCAUACCCCUUGACUUAUUCCACAUUUUGUUGUGUUACAGCCUGAAUUCAGAAUGGAUUAAAUAUUUUUUUUAAUCACCCAUCUACACACAAUACACCAUAAUGACGAAGUGAAAACAUGAUUUUAGAAAUUGUAUCAAAUUUAUUGAAAAUUAAAUACAAUAAAUAUAUAAUUUACAUAACUGUUCACACCUCUGAGUCAAUGCUUUGUAGAAGCACAUUUGGCAGCGAUUACAACUGUGAGUCUUUUUGGGUAAGUCUAAGAGCUUUCCACACCUGGAUUGUACAAUAUUUGCACAUUAUUCUUUCAAAAUUCUUCAAGUUCUGUCAAAAUGGUUGUUGAUCAUUGCUAGACAACCAUGUUCAGGUCUUGCCAUAGAUUUUCAAGCAGAUUUAAGUCAAAACUGUAACUCAGCCACUCAGGAACAUUCACUGUCUUCUCGGUAAGCAACUCCAGUGUAGAUUUGGCCUUGUGCUUUAGGUAGGUUAUUGUCCUGUUGAAAGGUGAAAUAAUCUCCCAGUAUCUGGUGGAAAGCAGACUAAACCAGGUUUUCUUCUAGGAGUUUGCCUGUACUUAGCUCCAUUCCGUUUCUUUUUUAUCCUGAAAAACUCCCCAGUCCUUAAUGAUUGCAAGCAUACCCAUAACAUGCUGCAUUAACCACCAUGCUUGAAAAUAUGUGUAGUGGUACUCAGUAAUGUGUUGUAUUGGAUUUGCCCAAACAUAACACAUAACAAAAAGUAAACUGCUUUGCCAAAUUUUUUGCAAUAUUACUUUAGUGCCUUGUCGCAAACAGGAUGCAUGUUUUGGAAUCUUUUCUCUACAGGCUUCCUGCUUUUCACUCUGUCAAUUAGGUUAGUAUUGUGGAGUAACUACAAUGUUGUUGAUCCAUCCUCAGUUUUCUCCUAUCACAGCCAUUAAACUCUGUAAUUGUUUUAAAGUCACCAUUGGCCUCAUGGUGAAAUCCCUGAGCGGUUUCCUUCCUCUACGGCAUCUGAGUUAGGAAGGACGCCUGUAUCUUUGUAGUGACUGGGUGUAUUGAUACACCAUCCAAAGUGUAAUUAAUAACUUCACCAUUCUCAAACAGAUAUUCAAUGUCUGCUUUUUUUAUUUUUACCCAUUUACCAAUAGGUGCCCUUCUUUGCUAAGCAUUGGAAAACCUCCCAGGUCUUUGUGGUUGAAUCUGUGUUUGAAAUUCACUGCUCGACUGAGGGACCUUACAGAUAAUUGUAUGUGUGGGGUACAGAGAUGAGGUAGUCAUUCAAAAAUCAUGUUAAACACUAUUAUUGCACACAGAGGGAGUCCAUGCAACUUAUUAUGUGACUUGUUAAGCAAAUUUGUACUCCUGAUCUUAUUUAGGCUUGCCAUAACAAAGGGGUUGAAUACUUAUUGACUCAAGACAUUUCAGCUUUUCAUUUUUUAUUCAUUUGUAAAAACAAAACAAAAAAACAACAUGAUUCCACUUUGACAUUAUAGGGUAUUGUGUGUAGGCCAUUGACAAAAAAAAUCGACAUUUUAUCAAUUUUAAAUUCAGGCUAUAACACAACAAAAUGUGGAAAAAGUCUAGGGGCGUGAAUAUUUUCUGAAGGCCCUGUAGGUUCGUGAAUGGACUGAAAGGCGCUAGCAUUACAGUACAUGAAUGGGCAAGGUUUUUAUGAGCAGAAUUGCAUACUGGAAUUAACUUUCAUUGAUAAUUAAUUUGUCCCAGGGCUUUGCUAUAGAGCUAGCAGAGGAGGUGAAGACUUUGGGCUUGCCAGCUGAAGUGAUCGACAUGAAGAUUAUGAACCAGAUGACAGACUAGCUGAUGAGGUGAUGUUUCCUUUAUCCUGGAAGAAAAUGAUUCUGUAAUUAUACUGACCUUAAUUGGUAUCUAUCUGGGAAGUCAUGUUUAAAUUUUAAAAGUUGUGAGUAACUAUAACUUGUUACCAUACUAUUAUAUGUUAUCAUUCACAUACUGAUUUCGUGCAGUACUGAAGUGCUACUAUCUUAGCUUCAAGUUUGCCACUUUUUGUAAUUAUUUUUUUUGUAUUCUUCAAACCAAUGGCUAGCACAUGUAUAAAUAUGUUAAAUAAAUCUUGUUCAACCAGGAAAGAUGUAUUAUUUUCAUCAGUAUUCCAUUUUGUUUUGCAAUACUCCACUCUAUAUGAGAAAUUAAUUGGAGAUUGGUCGCCUGGUGCAGCAGCCUGAUAGGAAAUUGCCAUUUAUUCAACAGGGAUACUUUACAGUUUGGAGAUGAAAAUCCCUCUCCCCAAAGAGAAUUGACCACAGGUGCUCAGCCCGGCCACCGGCCCAGAGAUCUAGUUACAGAUGCUCAGUGCAUUGACUCUCUGUACCCAGUGAUCAGUCAUGAUGCUCUCUCCCUUGAGCAGCAUAGAGUGUUGCAGGCAGCUCUUUGCCGUAGGAAACCAUGGGGCUAAGGGCACCCUACACUGGCUGCCCUGUAGGGCUUAAAUCAUUUACAAUGUUGCUCUGCUUUGGAGAUUUGUUCUGCCUUCAAAUUGUUGUCCUCAUACUUCAUCAUAGUACUCCCUAUGCUGCUGUUCUGUUAUUGAUUCCUACUUUCAUUCUGGUUGCAUGCAAUGCAGUAGGUUGUCCAUAGCUGCAUCCUCAUUCCUAUGAAGUGCACUUCAUUUGGCUCUGGCCAAAUGUAUUGUACUUUAUAAGGAAAUGGGGCCAUUUCUGUCUCACUGGAUGUAUAUACCAGAUAUAUCAUUUAUCCUUAUUCUAUAUGUCUAUGCUACAUAUUCUUCCACUUUCCAUCUCUCUCUCUCCAGUGCUCCAACAAGUCAGUGUGUUCCUAUUAGCUAUGUACGGCAGGUAGCUUAGUGGUUAAGAGUGUUGUGCCAGUAACCGAAAGUUCGCUGGUUCUAAUCCCUGAGCCGACUAGGUGAAAAAGCUGUCGAUGUGCCCUUGAGCAAGGCACUUAACCCUAAUUGCUCCUGUAAGUCGCUCUGGAUAAGAGCGUCUGCUAAAUGACUAAAAUGUAAAUGUACACUGACGGACAGCCCACAGAGAAUGGUUCUGUAAGUGGCUGGAGGAGGCAUCCACUGACUUCAGAUAUGGGGAAACCUACCUGAAUAGACUGAGAUAUGCAGUGUUUGGCCUGGGAAACUCUGUGUAUGGCAGCCACUACAAUACGGUAAGAGAUCUGACAAAACAUUUCUCCCAUUGAUAUGUUUCCACUAUGUGUGGUGCUACUUACACUUAUGAAAUGCAAUCAGUUUCUUUGCUUGUCUGAUACUUUUAUGGAUAUUUUUUUGCAUAUUAUACAUUCCUCUUUUUGUACACACUAGAAUACUAAGCUCAUUCAGUUGAUUACCAUUACCACUAUGACUGUUCUCUCCUGUCCAAUAGCUAACCAUCCACUUUCUCUAGGCUCACUGAAAACACAUAAUUCAACCCCUUCUUCCCUCUCCUUUAGGUGAGUAAGCACUUGGACAGCAUUUGAGUGGCAUUUGUGUUCUGUCCAGAGGAGAUGGCAACUGCAACGUAGUGAAGACCCGUAAUGGCAGCAUGCAGGCUGACUUCCUGGUCUGGAAGACCAAGUUCCUGAACUGCCUGCAGGCCCUGGUUGCAGGCUCGCAGUGGAAACUGUAAGACGGGCGGUUCCUGUAAGAGCAGGAACAGACUAAGGAUAACCAGGCAUCUCCAGAACAGAGCUCUGAGGCAACAC